UGUGGUCAGUUUUCUCGAGCGUGUCGGGAGGUGACGUCGCGUCCAAUUCCGCUUUGUUUUUUUUCCACUUCCACCACCCGAGUGUUUAUUUUUAUCGUGUUUGCUUCUUCGACGAAGAAGCGAGCGCGUCCGCCUUUCUAAUGCGCGAGUCUCGCGCUAGUUUACCGACGACGAAAUAAUGACCGAUUUAUUGGUGCCCCGGGGGGACACUUUUCCGCGGGCGUUCCUGGACGCGUACCGGGCCAACAGGACCCCGGACCCAUACAACGAGCUGAGCUCGAGCAAAAGCGACGAGCUCGUUCUCCAAAACCCGACCGAUAUCCCGCUCGGCGAGGAGAUCCACCGGGGGCGUUCCGAGACGCUGCUCGAUUCGGGGUGCAUGUCGCCGACGACCGACGACUUUCUCGACGCGUCGCCGGCCACGGGCCACCGUAAACGGACGUCCGUGUACGAUCGGGUCGAUCCCGAGGACAGUAUCCGGGACAUGGUCAGCGAGAAUGACUUCUACAGGUUCGUGCUGUUCAAGAAGCACUACGACAAGUACCUGCACCUGUCGAAGAAGUACGAGGAGGCGCGCGACAUCGCCUAUUACCUCGAGGAGAAGUACCACGAGGUCAAGACGGAACGGGACGACCUGAUUCAGCAGCGGCGCGAGUACGCGAGCCGCCUGGAGUCGAACGAGUCGCUGCUGCGCGAAAAAGAGGACGAGGUGUUCGUCCACCUCGAACGGGUCGUCUACCUAGAGGAACAAUGCGACAAGCUGAGGGCGGAGAAGGAGCGGUUACUGGAGCAGAAGGCGCUCAUCGAGAAGGAGCGGGACGCGACCUUAAAGUUGCUGCGCGAGCAGGCCAGGGAGUCUGAGUACACGCGACGGAAGCUGGAGAGGGCGCGCCAGGAGGUGGUGCACCACCUGACGAAGAUCAAGAGCGAGAAGGAAAGCUUGGAGCGCGAGAACGACCAACUGAAAGAACAGCUGGAGGCGGAGCGCAAGGAGGCGGGGCGGCGUCCCUUGCGAAGGCGGAGGACCGACGCUUCGGACUAUUUGUCAGGACAGGUGGCGGCGCAGCUCAGGACGGAUCACCACCGCAGCUCGUCGCUGACGUCGCAGUUCCAGAAGGCGGUCGAGCACCUGGUGACGUGCAAGCGGAAGAAGUGCUCCGUGUGCAAGUACACGCGCGCCACCUACGGGAAGUUGGCGCCCAAUCAGCACCGAUACGACCGGAAGCUACUCGGCUGUCUACAGACGCCGUUCCUCGAGAUGCGCAACAUGAUCAAGCCGCCCCGGUCGCCCAUCCACGGAGAGGGCGGCGAGAGCCUGUCCGAGUGGUUCUGUCCCGCCGCCGCCGCCGCCGCCUCCGGGGACCCGUCCGAGUGCUCGUCGCUAGGCAGUCUUCCGUUCGCCGAACUGUCCAUCUCGUACAUGGACGACGCGUCGGACGCGUCGUCCGCCCUCCUCGGCGACGACGUCCACGCAAACCGGGACAGCUUCGGCGCGUUCGGCAGCGACUCUGGCUUCUCGUCCGACUUGUGCGGCGACUACAAGAGCAACGCCGCGACGCCCAAGGACAAGUUUUGUCCGUCGGCGGCCCUCGACGAGGACGACUGCGCCAAGCUGACGCGCACCAAGUGGACCGCAUCGUUCCGCAAGAUCAUCAGGCGCAUCAAGAAGUAGGCCCCCCCCCGCGACCGCGCCUUUUUUUUUAUUGUAUAACGUGUAGCGGGGCGAGAGAUAGCGACGUCUUGCCUUUUAUGAGGGUGUGGGGGCGCCCUUCUCCAGUAUUUUCCAUUUUUAUGUACUUAACACUAGUGGAAAAAAGUAUGGAAACAUUUGAAUACCGCGAGCGUAUUAAUUUCCGCAGGUUAUGACUCCGUUCACGUAAUAUUAACGUUUAAGUUUGGCUUAUUAUUUUGCAUCUUCUAGGCAUAGGAUCGACCAAUUUCUGUAGUUUCUAAUUUCCCAUUGGAUUUUAAGGUAUCCAAUGGGGUCGACACAAUGGAACCAAGAACUAAUUUUCUUCACUUUCCCCAACUUAAAUGCCAAAUUUUUCUACGUUUUAAGCUUUCCAUAUUCCGUAACUGAUUUUACCAAUCCUAAGGGUAGUUUUGGGGCCCCUUCUUCACUUCCUUUACUUUUAUUCCAUGUUGUAUCGGCUUGAAUGGCUUUACCAAUCCUAAAGGUAGUUUUGGGGGAGGGUCUUUUUGGCCUUUUCUUCACAUUACUGACAUUUAAAACCAAACCGAUGCUUUUUUUUAAGCCCUCCCUAUACCUUGAAUGAGUUUUGGGGCCUCUUCUCCACUUCCUUUGCUUUUAUUCCAAGCUGUUCCAUGUUUUGGGUAACUUUUAAGCAAAUCUACAAUUUUUAAUUACGCAAAGUAUGGAAAUGAAUUUCCAUGCUUUUUUCCACUAAUCUAUAUCGAAGCUCCGUCGCGCACAUUCCACGUCCUUGUGAUAAGUUUUAGGUAAAUAAACGUUUCACGUAGUA